CGAUAUCAAUGAAAAGUUUCUAAAAGAACAUUCUCAUAGCACUGCGCAAUUGCUGGAUACUAACACCUGCAAAGCAAAUCAACAGAAAUUUAUAGAUGAUGGAAAUUUUAAUGAAAAUGAAGGCGAUAUCAUAGAAAAGUUUCCAAAAGAACAUUUAAAUAGCAUUGCACGAUCACCGGAUACUAAAACUCACAAAACAAAUCAACAAAAGUAUGAAGAUCUUGUUAAAAAUGAAAAUAUUUAUGAAAGUGAAAGCGCUAUGCGAUCACUGGAUACUAACACUCACAAAACAAAUCACCAGAAAUAUGAAUUUCUUAAAAAACAAUUUGCCAAUAGCGAAAAGCUUAAUAUAAAUGAAAGGCAGUAUUUAUUGAAUAUGUUAUUGAAGGAUUAUUUUUACGAUACUAUACAGUCAAUGGAUACAAACAAUUGCGGAUCAAAUCAACAAAGAUACGCAUUACUUAAAACAGAAUUCACCAAUUAUGAAAAUCUUAAUGAUAAUGAAAGGCAAUAUAUAUUAAACAUGCUUUUAAGAGAUUAUUUUUAUGAUACUGCAUGGUCAAUGUCUUCAAGUGUUUACAGAACAAAUCAACAAAAAUAUAAAUUUUUCAGAGCACAAUUCAAUAAUAAUGACAACCUUAAUGAAUUUGAAAGAAAAUAUUUAUUCAAUAUACUUCAAAGAAGAUUUGAUAACUUAAGCGUCAUCUACAAUGACGGUGAAAAGCGUCAAUGCAAUGGUUGCAAGAAUGAAACUCGUGCUUUACUAUAUUGUGAAUUUUGUAUUAGAAAUUACUUACAGCAACAUAAUCAAGAAUGGACUGGCAACGAUAAAAUUGACAGUGCAAUUAAAGAGGCUCAAAAACGUGCAAUGGGGCCAAAUUUAAUAAUUGAAUUUAUUCCUAAUGAAAAACUUAAAAUAAAUCCAAAAUAUAUAGCGAAAGGUAGUUACGCUGAAAUAUAUAGGACAAUAUGGACAGAUGGUCCUUUUGACAAGUGGAAUUAUGACAAAAAAGCCUUAGAAAGGACGAGAGACCAUAGCGUUAUUCUCAAAAAGCUAAAAGAAUCAAAUAAAUCGACCAGCAAUUGGCUUAAUGAGAUUAUAACACAUUUUACCAUUGAUAAGAUUGCAACUAAUAUUGUUAGAUGCUAUGGAUUGACUAAAGAUAGAGAUUCUAGGGAUUUUUCAUUAGUUUUAGAUGUUAUGGAUUGUAAUUUACAAGAAUAUUUGAUAAAAAAUAAUUCCAGAAUUGGGUGGAAAGAACGUUGCCGAGUUGCCUAUAAAAUAUCACAUUGUUUAAACGCUAUACAUAAUACAAAAUCAGUUCACAGGGAUUUACAUCCUGGCAAUGUUUUAUUUCACGAAAAUAUUAUAAGAAUAAGUGAUUUAGGUUUUUGCGGUCCGGAAGAUAAGCCUUUAAACAGUGUUUAUGGCUGUAUUCCAUAUAUUGCUCCUGAAGUACUAUGUAAUAAACCAAAUCAUUACACUGCAAAAGCUGAUAUUUACAGCUUAGGCAUUAUUAUGUGGUCAAUUUCUACCGGAAUUCCACCCUUUUAUGGUCAAAAACAUGAUAUUUUUCUUGUAAAUGCUAUCCUUGUUGGACUUCGACCAGAAAUUGCUUAUGGAACUCCACUUGAAUAUGCAGAUUUAAUUAAACAAUGUUGGGAUGCUAUACCAAGCAAACGACCAGAAGCCAGCACAAUUUUUAAAAAACUAUAUUCAUUGUGUCAAAGUUUCACUGAACGUACCACAAAUGAUAAUAUGAUGGAUAAAAAAAUAGAAAUUACGGAUAAAUUUGAUGGCUUAAUAAACUUUUCAUCAGCAGAAGGCCCUGAAAAUUUUAUGAGAGCUGGGAUUCAAGUUCCAGAAGUUAUUUCAUCCGGGGAAGGCCCUGGAAAUUUUAUAAGGGCUGAAAUUCCAAUUCCAGAAUUUAUUUCCUCCGGAGAAGGCCCAGGAAAUUUUUUAAAAUCUGAAAUUCACUCUUUUCAGAAUCUUACAGAGCCAAGUAAUUUUACGAAAGGUGAAUAG